CCAUUACUCUUCUAGGAAGUUUCGAGAACGGGUACGAACGGUAAUAUUGGUGAGAGUUCUAUGCGCUUACAACAGUUCGCCAAAUACUAUUACGUGGAGUGAGACGAGCGUUUACAGCACACGGAUAUUUUCCACGAGCGGCUUCUUUUCUGCUAAUACAGCAGGUGCAGUAUUAGUGUUAUACCUAAAGACCAUCAGAGAAAAAUAAAUCCAUAAAAAUGGUGAAGGAAACUACAUUUUACGAUAGAUUGGAUGUAAAACCUGGAUGCUCACAAGAUGAUUUAAAGAGGGCUUAUAGGAAACUUGCUCUGAAGUAUCAUCCUGAUAAGAAUCCUAAUGAAGGAGAAAGAUUUAAGCAAAUCUCACAAGCUUAUGAAGUAUUGUCGAAUCCUGAAAAGAAGCGAAUCUAUGAUCAGGGUGGAGAACAAGCUUUGAAAGAAGGUGGAGGAGGUGGCAAUAUAUUCUCUUCACCUAUGGACAUCUUUGAAAUGUUCUUUGGUGGAAGAGGUGCUCGUAGGAGAGAACGUAGGGGACAAGAUGUUAUGCAUCAGUUGUCUGUUUCAUUGGAGGAACUAUAUAAAGGCACUGUUCGCAAAUUAGCCUUACAGAAGAAUGUUAUUUGUGAUAAAUGUGAUGGUAUUGGCGGCAAGAAAGGUUCUGUAGAACAAUGUGCAACAUGCCAUGGUACUGGUAUGCAAGUUCAGAUACAGCAACUAGGACCUGGUAUGCUUCAGCAUUUGCAAACUAUGUGCACAGAAUGUAAAGGUCAAGGAGAACGCAUAAAUCCACGUGAUCGUUGUAAAAAUUGUGGUGGCAGAAAAACGAUUAGAGAUAGGAAGAUUUUGGAAGUUCAUGUUGAUCCAGGUAUGGUAGAUGGUCAGAGGAUUGUUUUCAAUGGAGAAGGUGAUCAAGAACCAGACUACGAGGCGGGAGAUAUCAUUAUUAUUCUUGAAGAAAAGGAACACGAUGUUUUCAAGCGUUCGCGUAAUGAUCUAAUUAUGAGGAUGCAAUUAGAACUGGUAGAAGCUCUAUGUGGGUUCCAGAAAGUUAUUCGUACUUUGGAUGGAAGAGAUUUAGUAAUAACUUCAUAUCCUGGAACUAUUACAAAGCACGGAGAUUUGAAGUGCAUUAUGAACGAAGGAAUGCCAAUUUACAGAGAUCCUUUCACACAUGGCAGGCUUAUAAUUCAAUUUGUAGUGAACUUCCCAAAAUCCUUGGACCCUUCUAUUAUUCCAACUCUCGAACAAUGUUUACCUCCAAGGGAAGGGGUUGUAAUUCCAGAGGGAGCUGAGGAAUGUACUCUUACCGAUUUGGAUCCAGAACAAGAAGCAAGGCGGAGAGAUCAACGACAAGUGUACGAGGAAGAUGAAAGUGGUCCCUCGCGAGUCCAAUGUGCCACACAUUAAUUCAAUUACAUCAAUCUCACAAUAAAUAUGGUCAUUCUUUUAUUUUAAACUUUUGUCCCAUUCGCUCGAUUCUGAAUCAUGUAUUAACAGAAGAACGACAAAAUGCGGACGUAUAGGAAAGUUCUUCAAGGUAAAUGAUAAGAACCUGAGAAAAAUGUUUAGAUAUGUGCACGACUGUGAAAGCUACACCUAUAGAAUCACCAACGAUUCUAACGCAAAGAUCACACACAAAUAUUGAAUUGUAUAGAAGACCGUUGAUGUUGCUUGAUGAUAC